GCCCUCGACCUCCCCCCGCACCCCCCCGCGUGAAAGCGAAAGUGCCGGGUCCGCGAAGGGCGAGCUCCGGGGGCGGGGCCGGCGCGGACCCGGGACGGGCGCCGGGCACUCGCCGGGCCAUGGAUGGGCUCGGCCACCGCCUCCGAGCCAGCCUGAGACUGAAGCGCCGCCGCGGGGGAAGUCGCCAGGACAACCUGAGGGAAGCUGCAAAGGAACCAGAAAGGGCCGCGGAGCACUGUCUGUCCACCUUUGCUGGAGGGCAGCACUUCUUUGAAUACCUCUUCGUGGUUUCCCUCAAAAAAAAGAGUUCAGGGCAUGACUAUGAGCCCACCAUCACCUACCAGUUUCCCAAGCGAGAGAACCUGCUCCGGGGCCAGCAGGAGGAGGAGGAACGGCUGCUCAGUGCCAUCCCCUUGUUCUGCUUCCCAGAUGGGAAUGAGUGGGCACCACUCACUGAGUACCCCAGGGAGACCUUUUCCUUCGUUCUGACCAACGUGGAUGGGAGCAGGAAGAUUGGAUACUGCAGGCGCCUCUUGCCCGCCGGCCGUGGCCCUCGCCUUCCCAAGGUUUACUGCAUCAUCAGCUGCAUCGGCUGCUUCGGCCUGUUCUCCAAGAUCCUGGAUGAGGUGGAGAAGAGGCACCAGAUCUCCGUGGCCGUCAUUUACCCGUUCAUGCAGGGCCUCCGAGAGGCGGCCUUCCCUGCCCCCGGGAAGACUGUCACCCUCAAGAGCUUCAUCCCCGACUCGGGCACUGAGUUCAUCUCCCUGACACGGCCCCUGGACUCCCACCUAGAACACGUGGAUUUUAGAUCUCUGUUGCGCUGUCUCCGUUUUGAGCAGAUCCUUCAGAUAUUUGCCUCUGCAGUGCUGGAGAGAAGAAUCAUCUUCCUGGCAGAAGAUCUCAGCCAGGCAGGACGACACCCCAAGGCCUGCUGUGCAAGAGCCUUGGCCUGUUUUUGUCCUCAGCAGCUGCUCUGCGAAAUGGGCGGGGGCCGAGGAAGGGGGAAGGCCAGGGGCCGCUGGGGCUGUGGGGGGGAUUCUCUGGCGGCCCACAUAAGCUCUCUGGAAGGGAUUACUCAACAGACCGUACGGCCACAGGCACAAAUGCAGGCGGUAAGUGCCCCUGUGGUCUCUGAUGGGAAGAGGGAAAACCAUUCGCUCUCUUUAUUUCAGGUCCUAUUGGUGAAUCUUUGUGAAGGAACCUUCUUAAUGUCAGUUGGUGAUGAAAAAGAUAUCCUACCACCCAAGCUUCAGGAUGACAUCUUAGAGUCUCUUGGCCAGGGGAUCAAUGAGUUCGAGACUUCCGAACAGCUCAACGAGCAUGUUUCGGGCCCAUUUGUGCAGUUCUUUGUCAAGACUGUGGGCCACUAUGCUUCCUACAUCAAGCGGGAGGCAAACGGGCAAGGCCGCUUCCAAGAACGGGCCUUCUAUAAGGCUCUGACCUCCAAGACCAACCGCCGAUUUGUGAAGAAGUUUGUGAAGACACAGCUCUUCUCCCUUUUCAUCCAGGAAGCUGAGAAGAGCAAGCACCCUCCUGCAGGCUACUUCCAACAGAAGAUACUUGAAUACGAGGAACAGAAGAAACAGAAGAAAUCAAGGGAAAAGACUGUGAAAUAAGAGCUGUGGUCAAAAGCGGGGGACUGGACUCACGGGUCAGUUUUGGACUUUGGUCCCUGCCAGCACGGUGGGAUUGGCAAAGCUCGCGGCCCCCAGAACCCACGGCCUUCUUCUGAGUCCUGGUAACCAGGUCUGGCGUCAAGCUGGUGUCUUGGGUUUGGGAUCCCUGGAAUCAGCUUUCCCAGGACCAUGGAAGGCUUGGACCUCCGUGCUCACGGAGCUGGGCUCAAAGCUACAUUUUCUGUGCAGGUGACACAGCACAGUAGCACAGGUGCUGUGGAGCCUUAGAAGUUGCUGUGAAUGCCCUCUUCCAGGAACCACUAUGAUGAAGUCCUCAACAGGGAAAGUACUUGU